AAAUUAGCCACCUUGGGACAAAAAUACCCUUGAUAAAUUUGAAAAUUACGCAAAAUGUUUUUUUUUUACCCUUUCCUUUCUUCCUCUACACAGCCGUUCAUGGGAUUUCUACACAGCCGUUCGUGGGGUUUCUCUAAGGUCACUCUUUGCAUCUCAUCGCCUCUCACUCUCAUUUUUUUGUAUUUUUUCUCAUAUCUCAAACUAAAAUCAGGUAAAAAUUUUAUCUUUUUUCUUAUUAGAUGAAAGUAAGGAAAUAUGUGUUUUUUUUGUUUUUUCUCUUUCUCUUUUUUCUUGUAAGUUUUAUUAGUUUAGGGUUUUUUAAGCUUUUUAUUUGAUAUGGGUAUGCAAGAAAUUAAUUUAUGAGAUGUUAUAUGUGAUUUUAAAGAUACUUAGGUGGCAUAUGGUUUGAAAAUGGGAGAAAUUUUGUGUAAAACUAAAAAAUCGCGAAAAACAGUAAAAACAGAGGAAAUUUGGUGAAAAAGAUGAACUUCCGCCAAUUUCCUCCAGUUUGUCAGUUUUCGCAAAAUUUCCGCCAAUUUUCCGCCAAUUUUCUGCCAGUUUUCCGCCAAUUUUCCGCCAGUUUUUCGCCAAUUUUCCGCCAUUUUUCUGUCAGUUCGUGGAAAAUGGCGCUGCUUCUAAAGGAAAAGGGAAAAUGGCGCUACUGGUGUGCUUCUAAAGGGAAAGGGAAAAUGGCGCUGCUUCUAAAGGGAAAGGGAAAAUGGCGCUGCUGGUGUGCUUCUAAAGGGAAAGGGAAAAUGGCGCUGCUGAUGUGUUUUUUGCUUGAAGUGAAAAUGGUGCUGCUGGUGUGUUUCUAAAGGGAAAGGGAAAGCUUUGUUUUUAUGCCCUAGUUCUGUUUUGAAAGGAAAAGGGAAUGGAGGGAAAAGAAAAAAUCAAAAACAACAAACUAAAAUAAAGUUGCAUUUCGGUAGAGAAAAUAGAUCCAAAAAAAAAGUACAAAAGGGUAUUUUGGUCCUGAUGUACUAAAAGGUGUUUAUUUUUUUUAAAAAAAAAUUUUUUUUACUAUUUUUCUAAAAUAAAGUUGUAAAGUGGCUAUUUUUCGAAAAAACCCGGUGGGAAACCUGGAUGGCCUUCCCCCACAUUGGGCCCUCACAAGAUGUGUGGGUUUCCAGUUCUCCAAGUGGGGAGACAAUUAGAAAUAAAAUAAAUGUAUUUGGAAGUAGGUAGAAGAGAUUUGGAAUACAGGUAGGGAGAGAGAGAACAAGAACAAGUUUAUAACGUGAGUUACAUGACUAUUACCAAUUUCAAAAAACAAUAAUGCAGUUGACGUUGGAGUCCAACACACAAUCCAUAAAGCGUUAAUUUGUUUCUCACAGUCCAUUGCACUAAUUCGUUUCUCACGUGAAAUCUUUAAGAUAAUGUGACUUCCGUGUGUGAUGCAAUAAGAAUUAGUUCAUUUCAUUUCCAUCCAACCGGCCCUCAGUACAAAAGAGGCUUGAAUCUCUCUGUUUUAGGACCUUCACCAGAAGCUCAGAAUUAUAGUGUAAAGUUAUUUUUGCCUUUUGGAAAAAUGGGUCGUCGAGAGAAAAGGAAUAAAAAAAAGAAGCCAGUUAAUGGGUCCGUACGAUCUAUAUUCAUGCAUGCAGAUGGAGUGGAUAUGGUGCUGAUGCUUAUGGGGUUCAUAGGAGCUGUUGCUGAUGGAUUCUCUUCGCGGAUGGUUUUGCUUUUCGUUGCUAAGAUAUUAAACAAUAUUGGCAAUGCAUCUAAAAUGCAUGCCGAUACUUUGCAGCAAAACCUCAACAAGAAUGCGUUGGCUAUGACAUACUUGGCUUCUGGAUUAUGGCUUGCUGGUUUUCUUGAAGGAUAUUGUUGGACUAGAACUGGCGAGAGACAAGCUGCAAGAAUGAGGAUGACAUAUUUGAAAGCAGUGCUAAGACAGGACGUUGGCUACUUUGACUUGCAUAGAGCAACCACGUCUGAAGUUAUUGCCACUAUCUCCAAUGACAGUCAUAUAAUUCAGGAUGCUAUCAGUGAAAAGAUUCCAGACUUGCUGAGGAGAGUCUCCGGCUUCAUGGCAUGUUACGUGGUGGCGUUUAUACUGCUUUGGAAAUUGGCAGUAGUGGCGCUACCUUUGGCCUUCAUUCUGGUAAUUACUGGCUGGUAUUCUGGACAAUCUUUAAUGCAUUUGGCAGCGAAGAUCCGGAAAGAACAAAGUAGAGCCGGAAGUGUAGCUGAGCAAGCAACAUCAUCAAUUAGAACAGUUUAUGCUUUUGGUGGAGAGACAACAACUGUAAAGGAAUUCUCUGCAGCACUACAUGGUGCAACAAAGUUGGGGUUGAGGCAGGGUUUAGUCAAAGGUCUUGCCGUAGGAAGCAAAGAUACUGCCUUUGCUGUUUGGUCUGCCAUGGCUUACUAUGGUAGCAUAUUGGUCAUCUCACAGAGUGCUAAAGGAGGGACUGUUUUUGCCGUAGGCAACUCCGUCGUCAGCGGAGCAAUGCAAUUAGGUACUUGUUUAUCAAAUCUUAAACACAUAGCCGAAGCAUGUUCUGUUAGUGAAUGUAUGAACAAGAUGAUAAAACGAAUCCCCAAAAUUGAUUCAGACAAUUUUGGAGGCAAAGUUUUAGACGAUGUUUCUGGUGUAGUAGAAUUUAAGCAUGUAAGAUUUGCAUACCCAUCGAGAUCAAUAAGUAUGGUUUGCAACAAUUUAUGCCUUAUUAUACCAGCAGGAAAGACUGUUGCUCUGGUUGGAUCUAGUGGCUCUGGAAAAUCUACAGUCUUGUCUUUACUUCAAAGGUUUUAUGACCCAAUUGAGGGAGAAAUUCUUCUAGAUGGGUUUGCUAUUGAUAAGCUGCAACUUAAGUGGCUAAGGUCUCAAAUGGCAUUGGUGAACCAAGAGCCUUCACUCUUCUCAACCACCAUCAAAGAAAACAUACUUUUUGGCAAAGAAGACUCUGUGAUGGAAGAGGUUGUUGAGGCUGCCAAUGCUAGCAAUGCUCACAAUUUCAUCUCUGAAUUGCCUCUAGGUUAUGAUUCCCAGGUAGGUGAUAAAGGUAUCCAAUUGUCAGGAGGACAAAAACAAAGGAUAGCCAUUGCUCGAGCAAUUAUAAGGAAACCUCGAAUACUUCUGCUCGACGAGGCCACUAGCGCUCUAGACUAUGAAUCAGAAAGAGUCGUCCAAGAAGCUCUAAACAAGGUAGCUGUGGGUCGAACCACAGUAGUCAUUGCACACCGUUUAUCCACCAUAAAAAAUGUUGACAUUAUUGCAGUCAUGGAAAACGGCAAAGUGAUGGAAACUGGUUCACACGACGAAUUAAUACAACUCCAGAACGGCCUUUACAAUUCAUUCAUCCACGCCCAACAAAUGCAGAAUGAUCAAAAGAACCAUGAAGAAAAUUUCUCUUCCUCAUCCUCUACACCAGACACUGACUUGAAUAAAACCAGCAAUAAUAUCCAAUAUUGUCAAUCGGAGGUGGGUGGAUCAAGCCCUACCAACUCUUCCACACUUAAUCUGGCUUCUGUAACUAAAGUCGAUGCAUUGGAAAAUACAAAGAUUCAUGCACCACCCUUUUGGAGAUUGUUAUAUUUGAAUAUGCCAGAGUGGAAGCAAGCUACAAUGGGGUGUUUCAGUGCAAUCCUCUUUGGUGCAGUUCAGCCAGUUUAUUCAUUUGCUUUAGGCGGCAUGGUAUUUGUGUAUUUCUCGACGGAUCACAAUGAGAUUAGAAAAGAGACGAAGACAUAUGCAUUCUUGUUUAUUGGGAUGUCUGUGUUUUCGUUUAUCGUCAAUAUAAGCCAGCAUUUUAAUUUUGCUUACAUGGGAGAGUACUUAACCAAACGAAUCAGAGAGAUGACUCUUUCAAAGAUACUUACUUAUGAAGUUGGGUGGUUUGAUAAGAUUGAGAACUCUAGCGGUAUCAUCUGCUCGAGACUCAUCAAAGAUGCCAAUGUGGUGAGAUCUCUAGUGGGUGACAGGAUCUGUCUACUUGCACAAAGUAUUGCAGCAGUGACCAUAGCUUGGGUUAUGGGUUUGAUCAUAUCAUGGAGGCUUGCGGUUGUCACAAUAGCCACCCAACCUCUUGUCAUUAUAAGCUUCUACACGAGGCGCGUCCUAAUGAAAACCAUGUGUAAGAAGGCCAAGAAAGCUCAAGAUGAAAGUUGCAAACUUGCUGUUGAAUCGGUGUCCAAUCUCCGAACCGUUACUGCUUUCUCUUCUCAAGAUCGAAUAUUGAGAAUGCUUGAAAAGGCUCAAUAUGGUCCAAGUAAAGAAAACAUUCGGCAAUCAUGGUUUGCAGGUAUUGGACUUGCGUUUGCUCAAAGCAUCUACACUUGCAAUUGGAGUCUGAAUUAUUGGUACGGUGGCAAGCUUGUUAUCGAUGGCUACCUUACAGCGAAAGCAAUGUUUCAAACAAUAUUGAUCUUAAUAACCACCGGGCGUGUCAUAGCAGAUGCUGGAAGUAUGACUACUGACCUUGCUAAGGGAUUUGAUGCUAUCGGUUCGAUUUUUGCUAUAUUAGACAGAGAAACCAGAAUUGAGCCUGAAAACUCAAAAGGUUAUAAACCUAAACAGAUAAAAGGCCAGAUAGAACUUCAUGAUAUAUAUUUUGCAUACCCAGCUAGGCCAGACGUAGUAAUCUUUCGAGGCUUCUCAAUCAAUAUUGAAGCAGGACAAUCUACAGCUCUAGUUGGACGAAGUGGAUCUGGAAAAUCAACAAUCUUUGGACUAAUUGAGAGAUUUUAUGACCCACUAAAAGGUACAGUUCAAAUCGAUGGUAGAGAUAUAAGGUCCUACAAUCUAAAAUCAUUGAGAAAACAUAUAGCACUUGUUAGCCAAGAGCCAACAUUAUUUGCUGGAACCAUUCGAGAAAACAUUGCUUACGGAGCAUCCAAAGAGAUCAACGAAAUAGAAAUAAUCGAGGCUGCCAAUGUAGCCAAUGCUCAUGAUUUUAUCUCGGGACUGAAUGAUGGGUACGAAACUUGGUGUGGAGAUAGGGGAAUACAAUUAUCCGGGGGCCAAAAGCAGCGUAUUGCAAUAGCUCGGGCUAUUUUAAGGAACCCAGCAGUGUUGCUGCUAGAUGAGGCUACUAGUGCGCUUGAUAGUCAGUCAGAAAAAAUGGUGCAGGACGCAUUGGGAUGUGUGAUGGUUGGGAGGACUAGUGUGGUUGUGGCGCACAGAUUGAGUACCAUACAAAAGUGUGAUAUUAUCUUUGUGUUGGACAAAGGUAAGGUUGUGGAAAAAGGAACUUACUCAUCUUUGAUGGGUAAGGGCUUCUUGUUGAAUCACCAUUAAUUUCAAAUUCUUAAAUUAUUAAGAAUUGAUGAGACAUAAUAUAUAAUAUGUAUAUCUAGUUAGCGUCUAUCAUUUUCUUUUACUUCUAUAUUAUUUUGUUCUUUAUAAGUAUUAAUUUUUCUAAAAGUGAUAAUAACUUGUACUUAAUUAAGUUUUUAGAAUUUUACAUUCUGAUGCUUUGUAAAACUAUACAUAGAAAUGGGAAAAACUGAAAGUUUAUUAAGUAAAACCAAACCUUAAGUAUGGUGUACAAUAACUAUCUUGAGGUA